AGAGGUCAUAUCAUUUUCUCUGGCUGUAUUUGACUCUCCUGUCCUCUUGUUGCAGGUGCAGGACAGGAAAGGGUCUGAUUCACACACUUCUCACAGGAGCUUCCUGUUUCCUCAGCUCUUACAUUCUACCAACAUGAAGCAUUCGUCACAUUCUUUCAUUAAAUGAAUGUAGCAAAGUCCUGUCCCAAUGGAAUUCUGACAAUAUCACGGCUUGGCGUUGACUGUUGACAUAUGCUCCCAAAUGAGAUUAAGACAGGAAAACAUCACAGUUACACAGAGGGCCUAAGUUGCAAAACAAAAGCACAGUCUUUAUCCUAACCUGUUGAACGACUGCUCCAAGAUGGCAAACCCCAGCUCACUCUUGGUCACUGAUGGGGCAGUGCUGAGCCAGGUUGAAGUGGAUCAAUAUAUCCUCUCUGGCAUGGCUGAAGUGGAUACGUGUGAGUUGGGGUUCACUAGGAAGUAUGACCUCAUCCCAUCCAUCGUCUGCUCAGUAUGCUUUCUGUUUGGCCUCAUCUACUGCUUUUUUGGUAUGUUCCUGACCUGUAAUAGAGGACAGUUGUAACUUUCACAUGUGUACUCUCAAGACAUACACAUUACAAAUAUGAUAGGCAUAUCUGCAAUCUGCUCCACUAUAGAUACAUCAUUAUUUAAUUCCCAGUUGACCUUUAACCUCAUCAUAUUAAGUGAAACUAUUUCAUCAGCUCACUUUGAGUCGAUGGGCUUACCCUACCUAUAUUGUAAUCUUACAAUAAACACAGGAGGGCCAGGUGUCUGGGCUGGGCCAGCCCGGCGUAUAAAGUGGAUAAUCUCUAGGGUAGGCUUGGAAAGAGAGACAGAUGGGCCACCUGGUUCUGCUGCAUUCCUCUGAUAGAGAGUUGGAGAAUAGCCACCUGGGAUGAUUCAGGUAGCCUCCUGGCCUGGUCCAAAUCCAUUAAACCCAACAGAUGCACUCGCCGUGAAUGUUGUCUGAUAAUAGACACGUUUAGAUUGUCUUAAGCAGACUAUGCUUCAUGUGAAGUCAACUAUGUCUCAAAUAUUCUGUAAACUGUGCAGUAUACCAAAGACAAACUCUAGUCUAAAAAUGACUUUUUUAUUAAUAAAUCCCAACUCUGUCAAACCUAUUACACUUAAAGGACAAUUCCGCCACUGUUCAACCUCAUAUUCAUCAUCUCCAGCACCAUACCAGUGUCGACAUAUCUGAAAAUGCCUCGUUUCUAUGAUCUGUGGUUAAAAAGAUAAGAAGAAAGAUCCUAAAAAAAAAUGCUUCUCUCUGACAUCACAGGGUAGGAUUCAAAGUUUUUUUUAAACAGUGAUUUUCAAAACCUGCAACAAGUUUCUAGCCAGAGGGGGGGGUAUUCUCUUGCUCUACAUCACCGUGAAUCUCAUAGAGUUUGAAAAUCACUGUUUUUUAAAUGUUUUAACUUUCGAUGACAUCAUAGUGUAGAACUUUUUUACUUACUUUUCUUUCCUACAAAACAUAGAAAUGCACCGUUUUCACAUAUGUAGACACUGGUAUUGUGCUGGAGAUAAUGAAAAUGAGGUUGAAAAGUGGUGGAGUUGCCCUUUAAGUACACUUUUGCUUCCUUCUUAAUCUUGUUACUUAACAUCCCCCCAAUUGUUUCUCUUUCUUUAGGAUACCGCUGCUUUAAGAUGGUCAUGUUCCUGUCAGGCUUCAUGUUUGGGUCUGCACUAGUCUGCCUGUUGUACCAUAAGGAGCCUGUGCUGGAUACUCAGUUGACUAUGGAGACCAAAGCAGGCAUCCUCCUGGGAGUGGCUGUGCUCUGUGGCCUGGUGACUAUGCUGGUACAGACUGUGGGGCUCAUCAUUACUGGCCUACAUCUGGGUAGUCUGCUCACCCUUGCCAACUUGCUGGUUGUCGGACAGUUUUACAGCCUUACCCCACUAUGGGCGCCUCUCGGUGCCCUCCUGGCCACGAGCACCUUUUGUGCCAUUCUCACACUGCAGUGGCAGAAACUAUUCACUGUGCUCUCCACGGCUGCAGUCGGCGCCGCUGUGGUGAUGGCGUGCGUGGACUUCUUUGUAGAGACGUCGCUGCUGGCUGGCCAUGCGUACGACAUCCUGUCUCAGGUUCCCCCUCGUCCCCUCUGCUGGUACAGCUGGGUUAUAACAGGCGUAUGUCCUCUAUUCAGUCUGAUGGGGGUAGUGGUGCAAUGGAUGCUCACUGCCAAAGGAGUGUCCCACACAGAAGGUGAGUGACACAGUUUCAUAAAAACAUGGAAUGCUUACAUCCUCGGUCAUCACUACUUCAGUUGAAACUUAGGUUAAACUUAACAUGUAAACUGGUUACAACAUAAUUCUCUCUUUUUCUGUCCCAUGCUAAAUUACAUUGAAUGCCCCCAAGUACCUGUCAGUGGCCGACAAAGACAGGUCCAACUGAUGCGAAUCAGACAGAGAGAUGCCCAGAGACGACCCCAGCAGGGCACUUACCGCCAUCGCAAGCCUCCAAUCCUGAAGCGCUAUGCUGGAGACGUCCUGGCCCCAGUGAGUUACUUCACCACUAAUGGGCAUGAAUGAGCUUGAUUAAAACACUUAUUUCAAAACGUUUAUGCACUUAGCUAAUAUACAUCGUUGUGGUUCAUGUCUUAAAAAAUACAAAUAAUUGACCAAUGUAAAUUAUUUUCAAUCAUCCUAGACCUAGAGAAUCAAUGUAAUGUUUUCCUUACCACUUGCCUUCCAGAGUUACAUCCAAAGCACUCGUGACCGCCAGAUGGGUUCAGGCUCCUCUACCAGCAGCAUCAUCAGCAACAGCACAGUCAACCACACCAUGAUAGACUUUGACUUUGAGACAGGCUCCAUGGUGCCCCUGACUGCCUCCUCCCUAGUCUAUAGGGUCUGAGGGAAAAUACUAGGCAUCACCUUCCAGUUCCACUGAGGUGCCCAACACUUGUCUCCAGCAGACCAUUCAUAGACUGUUUUUUGAGACGACAGACUGAUUCUAGAGAAGAUUCAACAGACUAAAUCACCUUGUUUUGUUUAUUAUUGACAGUCUUAAGGUAUCAGACAGUCAAUCGUAAUAUAACACAUUGAUCCUACUUCCAAUAAAUAAAAUUGCUUUAUUUUAAUCAGUUUGCUAAUAUACAUUUUUGUGAAGACAUCCAUUGUUACAGUUUUAUGCACAGUGUACAAGAGGGGGGAAUUCUACGUUUAGGGAUUUAUAUACAUUUUACAUGCCUUGCACAAGAGAUACAGUACAUAAAACAUCUGUGUAACUCUUGUGUUGUCAAAAUAAAUAAACAUCCUUAAAUGUUACUAUAUUUCACCUCAGAGGGUUAGGUGAUACAUUGGCUAGGCUAUGCGGUAUGAAAGUCCUGUCUACUUCCGAUACGUUUUAUCUAUAAUUUC